UGUUUUUGGUUCGUCUAUUUUAUUACUUCUGAAGUGUGGGAGUGUUUACGAUGGCGGGUGUACCACUUGCUAGGGAUGGCUGUUUCCACUGCGGCGCUUGGAAUCAUUGGGUUCGAGAUUGCCCGCAUCGUCAGGCGGGUCCGAGGCCUCCGGCUACGGGGGCAAAUGCCAUUCCGACUGGCCCACCGCUCUCAGCACUCCCUGCACCUAAUGCUGUUCCAUCCUCUACAGCUCCGACCUCUACUUCGAGUUUUGCACCAUCAUCCUCCAACUCCCAGCCGACUCAAUCGGGUGGAGUAGGGAAUCGAGGCUACCAAAGGCCGAACUGGUGGACCAGGAACCAGGAACGGCUGGAUGCGGUUUACAAUAAGUACGUUGAAGACUCGGCGAAGGAAGCUCGGAGGAAGGAGGAAGAGGAGAAAGCGAGGAUCAAAAGAGAGGAGGAGGAAAAACAGUUGAGAUGGAAGAAGGGGCGGGAGCUAUUCGAAGCUGAGAUGGGGGAAAGAUUGGAUAAAAGAUUCGAGGCGCUUGGGUUGACCACGAAGGCGAAACCUGCUGGUGUGGCAAGUGUCAGUGGGGAGAAGAACGAGGAAUAUGAUAGACUACGAAAAGAGAACGACGAGCUCAAGAGGAAGCUGAAUGAUCUGAUGGGACGGUCGGGCGAUGAGAAGGUUGUUUAUCUUCAGAAAGACAUUAUGGAGCUUCGUAAGUUGGUAACGGAUAAGCAGGUGGAUGAUGACGCGGUCUGUGCUCUGAAGGAAGAGAUCCGGGAGUUGAAACAGUCGGCCUACGUAAAAACUAACUUUGAACGAGAGAUUGCUGGGUUAAAAUGCGAGAUCAAUUCGUUACGAGAGCAAAAUGAGCGGGUUAUCGGUGAAGCCAAGCUUCGGAAGGAUGAAGCCUUGAGGCCGGGCAACAAGCGUGGGAGUGUGGCUGUCAGCACUCCAGAAUGUUCUGGACGAGGAUCGCCGAAACCACGUUGGACGUAUAACAUAUGGGACGCGGACAAGUGGAAGGAAGAUUAUCGCAAUUUACGGAGUCUGCAUCGGCUGGCUAAUAUUGAGGCUGAAGCUCUAAAGAAAAAGAGGGCGGAAGCGGAGAUGAAGACAAUGGAGGCGGAGAAGCAGGUCAAGCAACUUGAAGAGGAGAUGAGCAAACUGACGGCAAGCGGGAGCAAAUCCGUUGAGGGAGGAUGUACUAAUUUGAAAGAUCGAUUGGAAGAGGUGGCUGUGCGAUCAGCUCGUAAAGGGCUCAAGGCUACUCCGCGCAGAGAUGCUGUCAAAUCGCCCGUGGAUAAGACAUCAACGGAGAUCAACAAUCGCGCCGACUUUGUGGAACAUCAGAGGAAGCAACUUCGAUUGUUGCGUAAGGCGGGACUGGAACCGAUAUGCAAGGAACACAAUGUGAGGCUCGGUAAGUUCGAGGAUACCGUGUGUGAACUGGCGGAGGCUAUGGCCAACAAGGCAUUCCCGGAGGGUAAGAACAAAGGUUUUGUACAUGAGGUAAGCGAUGACACCGCAACGGGGUGUAAUUCAAAGGAUGAUGGUGAGGAGCAGUCUGCGGAAUUAUAGGGUGUUGUCCUGAAUGUGACGAGUCUCUGGCGAUUGGCGAAUGAGUGUAGAGUUAAGCGUUCCGGAUA